UUCCUGCAUACCUCUCUCUUGCCUGUUCUCUCCGUCUUCUCCCUCCCACUUUGGACUUCUGAGCGAGUGUGCCUCACCAAUAGUGUGCUCAUAUCCCUCUCUCUCUCUCCCCUCUCUUGCUCCCUCUACCUCUGGCACUCUCUCUCUCUCUCUCAUACUCUCUCUCAGUCUAAGGGAGGAUUCUCCGUAACCAGCUGUAGUUUGAUGUGAUCCUCACAUCUCAUCAUCAUUUCAUUUGAUGUUCUCUCGUUUUUUAUAUUUUCUCCUCUGAAUUAAAUUACUCUGCUGCUGAUGUCACAGCUGACAUGCAUUGUGUGGAUGCUACCAAGGUGCACAAAGGGUAAAAGGAAUGGAAGAGAACUUUUAAGGCUGAUAUAAGUGCAGCUUUCCCUUGAAUCUAGACACUUGGAUUGGUUUAUUUGGUGUUGAGAGACUACUCAACAAUGGGGGGAUUUUCAUUGUGGUAGAUGACUGAUUUAGGUUAUUUUCCCCCUCGAGACUGCUGGAUAUAUAUUGUUUUUCCUUUUGUUCCACCUGCGCGUUUCACCUCUCACAUACUCUGUAGAAUCUGUUGGGACUUUUAUGGAGUGUGAUAUUUUUGCAGUAAGUGUGAAGUUUGGAGGAGCAAAGUGAGACAAAGCAUGGCUGAUGGAACUACAGCUAAGUGUUAAACCCCUCUGUCCAGGGAGGCACUCCAGAUAUGACCACAGUGUCCAUGGAGCCUGUGGGAGUCCUGGUGGAAAGGGGCGCCAAUGCCACCGACCCCCCUCUGAAUGCGCAUGAGGACACAGCCGCCACCUUUACCAUCAGCACCAUCCUCUCCAUCAUGUGCCUCGUCGGAGUCUUGGGGAACAUCUACACCCUGGUGGUCAUGUGCCACUCCAUGAGAACUGCAGCCUCUAUGUACAUCUACAUCAUAAACUUAGCUUUGGCAGAUCUGCUGUAUCUUCUCACCAUACCCUUUGUAGUCUGCACACACUUCCUAAAGGGAUGGUACUUUGGGGACGCAGGGUGUCGGAUUCUGAUCAGCAUGGACUUCCUGACCAUGCAUGCCAGUAUCUUCACGCUGACAGUCAUGAGCACGGAGCGCUACUUUGCUGUGCUCAAGCCACUUGACACAGUCAAGCGGUCUAAAAGUUACCGGAAGGCCAUCGCUCUGUUGGUCUGGGCUGCAUCUCUCAUCCUCACCCUACCGAUGAUCGUGAGCAUUCAGCUAAUGACAGUGGCCAAUAAGGCAAUGUGUCAGCCCACCUUGUCGCCACUCUCCUACAAAGUUUACAUCUCCUUCCUGUUUUGCACUAGCAUUGUCGCCCCAGGACUGAUCAUUGGCUAUCUCUACAUCCAGCUUGCACGCACUUAUUGGAUUUCACAGACGGAGACCUUCAAACAGACGAAGAAACUUCCCAAUCAAAAGGUGCUGUACCUGAUCUUCACCAUCGUUCUCCUCUUCUGGGCAUGCUUCCUGCCCUUCUGGAUUUGGCAGCUGCUGGGUCAGUUCCACCCCUCACUGUCCCUGUCCACCAAAGCCAAACGCAACAUCAACUACCUGACAACGUGUCUGACGUAUUCCAACAGCUGCAUUAACCCUUUUCUGUACACGCUGCUCACCAAGAACUACAAGGAGUACCUGAGGAAGCACAAGCGGUCCUGGACAGCUGGCAGCUACUUCAACAGGAGGAGUCGAUUUCAGCGGUCACCACGCAGGUCGCCAUCUUCCAGCAGUCAGCAGUGUACUGAGAGCUUUAUGCUCACGCACACAGCCUCCCUGCGAGCACAUAACAGCAGUUUAUAAGAGGAAGCUGGAGGACCAAAUCCUGGUGCAGCGGAGGGGAGCGGAGGGUGAAGAGCAGGACGAAGGGGGUGGGGUGGCAGGACGCACACACAUACACAGGCACACACUUGCCACUAACUUGCCACUUAGAGAGUUUGGUAGCACAACCUGUCAUGCAGUGAAAAGGCUAGCUGACACACAACACAUAGGAUUCUACUAAAUAAAUAACUAAAAUAAAUAUGGAUCAUAACUAAGUCCAGAAUGACACAGCAGGAUAUUAUAGCUGAGUGUUUGCCUUUUCCCCCCAUAACUUCUCUAAUAAAACCAGACUAUUUUAUGUCCUAAAAUAAUAUCACCAAUCAUUACAAUUCAUCCCACAAGAGGGAAAACAGAAGGAAAAAUCCAAUAUUUACAAUGCUGUUCAUAAUUUAGCACUCAGCUAAUAUACAGUAUUGGUAUUGCUUUACCCUAGAUUACUGGGUGGUGUGUGCCCAGGUUGCCUGCAGUGAGAGAGUAGUAGUAAGUCAUAUAUUACUACUCUGCUUUGGAAUGCGAUAUGCUGAGUGACACCAACUAUAAUUUACAACAGUAGAGAAUAUGGCUCCAUAUUUGUGCCGGCACACAGGGAGACACACACAUGCACAGUAUUUCUCCAAUACUAUCGCCACCACCAAACUAAGUCUAAGACUCUGAAUGUGUGUGUGCUUUUAUUUGGGGUUUUUAAAGGCACCUUUGACAGAGUUGUGCUGGGUAGUGCAAUGAAUUACCUUUGCAGCUGAGUAAUGAGUAAAGUAACGUAAUUACUUUUUCAAUGACUAAUUUGUAAUUGCUAACAUUUUUCAAUUAACUUUUCCAAUACUUUUGAUUUUCUAAAAUGACAUUAUAAACUAAAUGUGCAGCAUGAUUGCAGAGGCACACAGAAGGCUUGUUAUGUACAACUCAUAAGCCACUGUGCAAUCACAAUCUGUCCUAAUGUGUUUUCUUUUAAACGAACAAGGGGGGAAAUAUCAAAUUGCUGUUUUAAUUUACCGAUUACAGUAUAAGCUUUUAAUUAUAAUGACAUAUAACAGCUAUCACAAACAUGACAACCCACCAGCUGGAAAAUCCUCUAAUUUGCUUUUGAAGUGAGGGACAUGAGAGGUAAAACAAAGAAGCCAUAAUAACAAACUGAGAGUGUGGAUCAAUUGUAUAUCAUCCUACUGUGAAAUCACAUCGGUUAAAUGACCUGUGGAGACAGCAGCAAAGAUAAGACUGGAUUCUGUGAGCAUGAAGCUAUAAUAUAAUUUGCUUUCUCUGCAAGGAAAAUGUAUUAUCUCUGUAUGAUAGAUAAAUGUUUAGCUGACUAAUAAAAGUGUAUAAAACCAGGCUAAAUCUUAUAUAUUUCCACACUGUCCAAUUUUAUUCAUUAUUAAUUUCUUAAUUACUAGAUACCAGCAGCUACUUCACAUUUGGCUCUGCUGACUUUUGGUGACUAUUGGAAAAUGGUGCAUACAAAGGCCGGCUCAGGGAGACAGAUUUUACCACAGCACCUCUGGAAAAUCAAUUUUUGGAAUAAAUGAACUAUUGGAAAACUCAAUGGGUCAUAAAAUGCAAUCGUAUAUUUUACUUUCAGCCUACUCCUUUUAAAAUUAUUUAAAAGUUAUACCUUUCUUUCUUUUUAUUGGUUUCCACACACGUCUUUCAUUGUCCUAAGUGGAUUUUUGUAAAAGAGCCCCUUGACAAUGCAACAGCACCAGCUAAAUUUGUGCUAAAUUUUAAAGUGACCCAUAAAUGUUUCCUCAAUAAAAAAAGUUGCAGGCUAAACUCAUGAAUCCACAUGGUGACAGCUGCCUGGCAGGCUAUAUGGAAGUGCCCUCACUCCUAAUGCAUGCUGAUAGCAUCGCAUGUUUACUGCCAUGCAGGCCACACCAGGAAGCAGCCAGUGGAUGCAGGAAAUGGUAGGAACCAGGCAUUUUUAGUAGUUACUGUGGAAAACACGUACUGUAUAGCCUAGUUUUAUAGGGCUGUGGUUUAGUAUUCACCACAGCAGCAAGGGCAUAUGGAAUCUCCCCUUGACAUGCUUAAUUAUUCCAUGCAUAUAAAAGAUGAAUAUUCCCCCCACACACAGGUCUGAGAUUGCCCUGAAAUGUGUUGUUAGUUUCCCAGGAAUGUAACUAGGAUAAGAGGUGAUGAGGACAUUUGUUUAGUUGCUUUGGUAUUGCCUGUUCCCAUCCAUAUCAACUUUGUGCACUGGUAUCAAUUAUGUACAAAAUAAAAACUUACAAGAACAGUGUCUGGAUAAAAACCCUAGUCUGGGCUGUUAUAAAUGGUACCACACAGAGACAUAUACAUUCACAUAAUCUGUGCCUAUAUGAUUAUGAAUAACCCCUUCUGUAUGUAGCAUGUUCACAAAACAGUAAUAAAUCUCACAUUUUCAUUGUUCUAGUGACAUGUCUAAAUGCUUGCCCUUUUCCUCCCAGAUAAGGAGAGGAAAUUAGUCAGCAAAAGAAGUGGGACAUUUAAUUAAAAAAGAAUUUCGAGUAAUAUUCCACUAUGUCAGCUGUGCCUGAACAGAAAAGGUGAAUAAUUCAUACAAGAAACUAAACAAACUGCUACAAUAAAAUGACUUGUACAUAGCCAUAUAUAUUAUUCAUUAACUUUAAAGUAUUGUCUUUCAGCGUUUUAUAGGAAUAAAUCCUUUAUUAAGAAAAAAGGCAGAAAAGAAGCAAGAGAGUCACUUUUUCUGGUUUCUGAUUUAAAUUGAUGUGCUGUAGAGCCUGGCUGUCGUAGAGGAGACCAGUGCUGCUACACUAGCAGCUGAGUUGGACAAACACAGUAGAGUUCAGUAAAGAAAAGAUCAGAUUUUGAUCAGCUUUAUUUUAGCCGAUACCGAUCCCUUAAAAUACGACAGAAUCUGCCCCAAUACCAAUCCUUAGGAUCAGCU